AAAAACGGUCUCUCCACUUCACAUGCUCCCCUUCCAUCAAUCCUUUUAGAGAAGAGAGACAAAACAGUCUCCUUUGGAUUUGCUCUCUCUCCCCCGUUUCUCCACAAAGACGUAAUCCUCUUCAGACCCUUUUCUCUUUCAUGUUCUUCUCCUUUGUCCUCUUCUCCUUCUUCCAUGGCUUCUGCUGAUACAACCAUUACCACAACCUGCUGCGACAACAACAACAACAAUGGAGAAGCCAUUGCCAAGGCAGUGAAGCUUAGGGCUCUUCACGCGGCUCUUCUUCAGAACUCGAGCCCUUCCUCUGCUUUUGGCGCUUCUCCUUCUUCUCGUCCUCUCCCAAACCUCUCUGCCCAGGAUUACCCUGUCUUCACCCCUAGCUAUGAUGACGAGCCCUUACCUGCGUUUCAUCAAAAGAAUCCAAAGCUAUCUGAAAGCUGGGACGAAUGUGCUGGCUGUCUUGAAGAAGAAGAAGAUCGAGAGCAGGAAGAAUUCAGGAACAAUUUCCUGUCCGAUUCUUACAAAGCUUCGGCUUCGAGAAAGAUUCGAGAUUUGCAGUCCCAUGUUUGUCCGAUGACCGACGAUCUGAGAUCUCCGCAGGCUUAUUCCUACACAUCGGGGCGGAGAAACUGCAGUUCGGGUGAUUUCAGAUCGGUUUCGUCCUGCAACAGAUGCAAACCCGCUGCUGUUGGUGGAGGUUUCGAUACGAAGAGCAUGAAGAACUCCAAUAUCGUCGUGCCCUUGACGGAUACUCACUCGUCUGUUGUUUCUUCUCAGCCAAGAAACAAGGGAGGAGUCAUUUCUUGGCUGUUCCCAAAGUUCAGGAAGAGGCAGAAGAACAAUGGGAGUGUCAUCUUCAAUUCUCCCAACAGAACCGAUAAAUCGGAAGAAGUUUCGCAAGUCUUGAAGGACUCGUCGGGCGUAAUGUCGAUCGAGAAGCUGAAGAGGGAGUUAAUGGAAGCGAACAAAAGUCGGGAUGCGGCCCUAACAGAGGUAUCCGAGAUGAAAUCUUCGCUGGGAGAGCUAAGUCAGAAGCUUGAGUACUUGGAAACUUAUUGCGAGAGUCUGAAGAAAGCCUUGAGACAGGCAACGACUUCACGGGAGAAUAUCCGUCCCGAAAGGUUCUGGAACGUUCCGAGAAAAGGCGUUAAGAAAUCAAUGGACGGAACCUCCGAGAACUCGGGAAUGCCCGUCAGCGAGGACGUGAUGGUUGAAGGGUUCUUGCAGAUCGUAUCGGAAGCAAGAUUGUCAGUGAAGCAGUUCUUGCAAACCCUAAUUUCGCAGAUCGAAGAAGACGAUGCCACCCUCUUUGGUAACAUAGAUUCUCUCCUUCAGUCCUACAACUUAUCAUUCAACUCUAAAUACUCGAAAACCAUUCAGUACCACCUGGAAGCGAUCAUAAACCAAUCCAUAUACCAAGAUUUCGAGAACAGCGUCUUCCAGAAGAACGGUACGCCGAAAUUCUUGGACCCGGAACAAGAUCGGCAAUCCCAGUUCUCGUCGUUCGUAUCUCUACGAAACUUGAGCUGGAACGAGGUACUGAAAAAGGGCACGAAGUACUACAGCGAGGAAUUCAGCCGAUUCUGCGAUAACAAGAUGAACCUCAUCAUUACAACCUUGAACUGGAACAGACCCUGGUCCGAACAGCUUCUUCAGGCCUUCUUCGUGGCGGCGAAAUGUAUCUGGCUGCUUCAUCUGCUUGCCUUCUCGUUCAAUCCACCGUUAGGGGUACUAAGGGUGGAAGAGAAUCGGGUUUUCGAGUCGAAUUACAUGGAAGAUAUGGCGGGAGAUAGGCAGAGAUCAUCUUCUUCUCGUGGACCUGCUAGGGUUAAGGUUAUGGUGAUGCCUGGGUUUUAUGUUCAAGAUAGGGUUUUGAGAUGUAAGGUUCUUUGCAGGUACAAGUCUUGAAAUUUGAACAUACAAGUUCAUAUUGUAAAAGCCUCUGUCUUUUUUUGUUGUUGUGUCUUUUUCUUUGAUCUUCGUUCUAGAAAGUUUCUUGGAACAUAAUUUUUCCACCA